AUGGACGUUUAUCCCGGAGUCACCGGCGAUGAUCCAACAAAACAACAAGAAAGACAUUACUACCUGUUGUCCGAACUGCAGACUUUAGUCAAAGACUUACCAAGCUCCUUCCAGCAGCGUCUGUCCUACAACACGCUGAGUGACCUGGCCCUCGCGCUCAUAGACGGGACGGUGUAUGAGAUCGUGCAGGGGCUCCUGGAUAUUCAGCAUCUGACCGAAAAGAAUCUGUACAACCAGAGGCAAAAGCUGCACUGUGAACACCAAGCACUCAAACAAGAUCUUUUACGAAAACACAAAGACGCUCUGCUGUCGUGCAAGUCUCACAACCUUGGGCUUCUCAAAUCAAACCAACAAGCAGAGCUGGAGGCGCUGGACAUGCGUGUGCGAGAGGAGCAAAGGAUGAUGGACAAGAAGAUCAUAGCAGAAAUCGAUCAAAAGGUUAUCGACCAGCAGAACACAUUGGAGAAGGCGGGAGUCCCUGGGUUUUAUAUCACCACCAAUCCUCAGGAGCUGACGAUGCAGAUGAACCUACUUGAAUUGAUCCUCAAGCUUCAACAGAAGGAGUCGCAGUCUGGGAUAUUAUGAGACAGACUGUGAAUAUAAGUGGCGAGAGCUUACGUGUCCCAAUCUCUGUGAGAUUCAACUUACCUCGGUCCACGUGGAACACUGCUGUUUGUGAGAAGCAACAAACGGAGUGUCAUCACCGCCAAAAGCAUCACGGGGAGGAUUUAUCUUCAAGUAUUUAUGUGAAAUAAUAACAAUAUAUCUAUUAUCUCGUGGACUUUCCAUUUCACACAUGAAGUUAAGAUGGUCGUUUUGCUUCAAACACAUUUAAGGAAAACUUAAAAACAACAUUUGUGAUGAAAAGGAAACUCUCCAUUCUCCCGUGUUUACACAGACAACAGCACUCACCUUGUUGCAGUGUAACAAGUUGUUUUUUAAAGGUUGUGUGCAAUGGACCAGGACCUGCCAUCAGCCUCAGCUCACCGUGUUGACCUCAGCAGAGAAUGUAAAACAGAAGCAGGGUGGAAUGUGUCGAGCGAAACCACGGAGCAUUUGUUGUGGUGUUUUAAUAUCGGCGUCUGUCAGACGGAGAGAAUGAUAGGCAAAUAGAAAUCAGUCACUCGUGCAAGGUACGGUGAUUUUUGUUUCCACAUCCGCUUUCAUAAAUCAAAUGUUUUAACGCUAAAUGAUUCCACUGAUGUUUGCUAACUUUGCUUCUGGUCGUCGGUUUCAUUGGAAACCAGUAAAUGAAUAAAUUGCAGCAGAACUGAACUCGA